UAUAGGUAUGGCCCAUAUGGCCAUAUAUGGGCACUCCGCCAUAAUAGUUAGGAAUAAACUAAGCUUUCUUCCUUCCAUCUUCCUUCAUCUUAGUUGCAGUUGUGCUGCAACAGUUAAUAAUUAGGGGGUGGUGUUGGAGGUGCGGCAGCUAUUCUUUUGGAGGCGUUAAUAUAAAAUGUAUAUUUGCAUCGUUUUGAUUAGUGAGGCAUGAUGAUCGAUGGAAGUGCAUUUUCUUUCCCCUGCUUGUUCCCAAGUGAGAGAGAAAGCUCGAUCCCUCGCGAUGCUGUUGCCUGCUCAUGGCUUGGCUUAUUGAUUUAGAACCCAAGGCGAAUGAUAAUCUUCCUGCCCAACGAUCGAGGAAUGCCUACCUAUGUAAGCAUACCUAGAAAAGGGAUGGGUGGAGAGAAAAGGUACCUCGAAGGAGGUUGCGAUCAAGUCCUGCCAAACGCUUUUGGCCCGUUCUGGGCCCAAGCCCCCUAGGUUAGGUAUGUAGAUGCAAGCUUCACCCAUCCCAUCAUCGCGCUUUAUACACUCGGGAACCACUGUCGCGGUUCGCCGAGCCAUUUCAUCACACCGCGCCACAUGAUAAACGCCCCCUUUUACCUUCUUCUUCUUCUUCUUCUUCGUGACCUUGGCCCUAUCUUGGUAAUCGUGCCCAACCUAGGUAUGAUUAUCUGUUUCUUCACUGUGCCGUUGCAUCCUCACCUUACAAACACACAAACAAACAAGGUACCCCAUAUCGCAGCCCAAUUACGGGCCAUGCAGGUAGGUAGGGUGACAGAUGUCUUCAAUGUGUUCUCUCUCCCCUUUUUUCUAUCCAGGUAUCCAACAAUUUUGCUGGCCUGCCUAGGUAUUGUACAAUACAUACCUGGUUGUGCCUGUGUAUGUACGGCAGUGACACAUCAUCCCCGGGGGCUACAUGCAUCAUGUAGUACCUACUGCACGUGAUUUUGGGUCCGCCUGCAUAUCGUUAACACCCAGGUUGUCGGGUCCGUUCGUUUUGUUUUUCUUUGCUCGUCGCAUGGCAGCCAGUACUUUCACCGAGAAAGUAAGACUUUUUUUUUUUUUUUUUUUUCCUUCUCUCUUCACUCCUCUCAAUGGCCAUCAAGAUGAAAGGUAAACGAGCGAUACACGCACACGCACCCGAGUUCCACUUGCAAAAAAGGGGGGAGGGGGGGUGGAAAUAGAAAAACGGGAAAAGGAAAACGAGGGGCAAAAGGGGACCAAAAAAACAUCACGUA